UUCCCAUUUCAGUCUUGUAGUGUGUGCCCUCCAUGUGUCCUGCUCUCACUGUCUCUGCGGCGGUGCCAUGGACUCCAACACGACUUCCACAGGAAAAUAACUUUUAAAACCUGUGCGGCUUCAGGGAACAACAACACGGCGGACUGAGAGGAGAAAGUGCCGGGCUGAAAAGUAAAAGUUGUGACACUACGAAGACUUCUCUGUGGGAACAGUGGGAUCGAGAGCAGCCCGAUACCAGCGCGUCUUUAGGGUCCCGUUAGAUCUUCUUUUUUUCAAGGUUUGGUCAUCUGCCUGCUUGAGAGUGCGAAGUCACAUCACUAUGGAAACGGUCAGCAGCCCUGCCGCGCACAAUCAAUCGGUGUUCACCUCGAUCUUAAACCACAGCUGUCGCUUUAAUGAGGAGUUCAAGUACAUCCUGCUGCCUGUGUCCUACAGUCUGGUGUUUGUGUUUGGCUUCGUGCUCAAUGCUACAGCUUUGUGGCUGUUCCUAAAGAUGCGCCCCUGGAACCCCAGUACGGUGUACAUGUUCCACCUCGCCCUGUCCGACUUCCUGUACGUCCUCUCCCUGCCCACCCUCAUCUAUUAUUAUGCCAACCGCAGCCACUGGCCCUUUGGAGUUGCCGCCUGCAAAAUAGUGCGCUUUCUCUUCUAUGCCAACCUCUACUGCAGCAUCCUCCUUCUCACCUGCAUCAGUGUGCACCGUUACCUGGGCAUCUGCCACCCCAUCAAGGCGUUGACCCUGGUGAAGUCCCGCCAUGCCCACCUAGUGUGUGGCAUUGUGUGGGGUGUGGUGACCUUGUGCCUGGUGCCCAAACUCAUCUUCGUCACUACCUCCAGGAGGGACAAUGACACCCUGUGCCAUGAUACAACCAACCAGAAGUUCUUUGAUGAGUACGUGCAGUACAGCUCUGUUGUCAUGGUUCUACUGUUUGGCAUACCUUUUCUGGUCAUUGUGGUGUGUUACUGCUUGAUGGCGAGGACCCUCUGCCGGCCCAGACAAGGAUUAUCUUCAAGUCGGCAAGGCGCCGCCUCCCAUCAGAAGUCCAUCAAGCUCAUCAUUGUGGUGUUGGUUGUGUUUGCUGUGAGCUUUGUCCCAUUUCACAUCACACGCACGCUCUAUUACACCUCUCGCAUGUUAGAUCUUAACUGUAGAUUCCUCAAUAUUGUCAACUUUACUUACAAGAUCACCAGGCCCCUGGCCAGCAUCAACAGCUGUAUUGACCCAAUUCUAUAUUUCCUGGCUGGGGAUCACUACCGGUCCAAACUAAUGUCUGUUUUGCCAGGAAAAAGACAGACGACAAACAGCCAAACACCUGAACAGUCACAAACACAGCCGAACAACAACAUUGCUCUGGUCUAUAAGAACUCUGCCGCGAUAGCCAGUGGAGAGAUUGAGAGAUAGCGUCAAAUCUGUUGACGAAAUCUCAAGUAUUAAACAUGUAUUAAAGAUUUCUGCUCCAGGCAAAGCUAACAGUUUUUAUGCCAUGUGCAGAAUUGUUAAAUUGUCCUUCUUUUGCACUGAGAGGUUUGGAAGAAAAUCGGUUUUGUGUAACAUUUACUUACAAUACUUGUGUUUGCUCUAUCGAAUCUCCAUCUAAUGGAUGUGUUAACAAGUAUAAGGACCAUGGUUCAAUUCCCCUCACUGUCACGUGUUUAAUGUGUUUGUAAGCUGAAUUUCAAGUUUGAACCUGUACCCUUUCCUUCUGUACAGUCUACCACAAAGGGAUUAUUACGUGAAUCUCAAGUUAUAAUAGAUGGUAUUUAUGUUGCUGCAGUGUUGUAGUACUCGAGCACUCCUGGUCUCAAGGUUGAAUCUGAAGUUGAUCUUAAGACCACUUUUUGGUCUGUGUCUCAUCUCAAAUCGACUGCAUCUAUACACAGCCUCAUCUCCGACAAAGAGGACUCAGGAUUUUAUUUUAAGGCCACAACUGCUGGGAUAUCAAUCAUUUGUCUGAUUUAUUUGUUAACAUUGUCACUGUGAUUAGAUACAAAUCUUCCUGCUUCAGAUGAAAAUAACUCAUUUACUGUUAUUUGACUCAAUUACUGUAAACGGCUGUCGUGCCUCCCCGCCCCCUUUCAGUGACAGAAGAAGAAGCUGUGGCUUCCAGAAGAAGAGCUGUCAGCCAAAUCUUUUGUAAUAAAACCUGAUAACUUAAACAACAAAGAGUUAAUUGGAAUUAAGUGUCCAAAAAACUCAGAGCAGCUUGUAGUUUCUGCAUUGUAAUGUUGGGACAGUGCCUCACCCAAAGAGAUUUGAUAAAUAUUAGUUACAUAAUAGCUACCUAAGUAGGCUACAUACUCUCUGCUCUUGGUCAACGGUUUAGGUGAUUUCGUCAACAACACUGCGCUACUGCAAUGUGUUGUGGGAAAAUGAUGUUUAUGCAGAAGAAAAGGUAUAUUUUCAAAUUAUGAGAACUGAAACUGAGACACUUUGGGUGAAAGACUUUGACACCAGUGGUCACAGGUGCAUUAAGUAAAUCAUAGAUGAUUUAGUCAUUGAAUUGUUGUCAUCUUGGGUAAUAAGGUCGGACAAGCUCAGAUCUAAAUAUUUAAGUUCAUAGCUAUUAUUUCUAUUGUAAUGUCUGACCAAAGAUGACAGAUAGCUUUGCCAUUUGCCUCAAAAUUGAGACAGUUAUGAGGCAAUACUUCCUGUUUUAUCAACAAUGUCUGUGUGUUACCCAGAAACUGCAGCUACAGCCAGUACAGCUCCUGAUUCCAGCUGUUUUUAUCCUUCAACUUUCACAGCUGUCUUUUGCUCAACUAUGGAGGAAAGCAGCGAGGCUGAUCUGGAUCAGCAUAUCUUUUCAAACCACCCACGCCUCAUUAGAAGGAUAUGGGAUUUUCCUUUUUACCCUUUUACCUUUGGGAUUGAUGCAUGGAAUCUGAAGGCCCUUUUUUCUCAGUAAUCUAGGCUGAACUCCUUGAUAGUUUUGCAGAUUGUGAAAGCAGAUUUGGAAAGUUUUACUUAAUGCUACAGAGCAUUUGUCCGUCCACCCUUGUUUUUAAUGUUGAUGUGUCACAUGGUGUUCUCAUUAAGUACGACCAUUCUCUAUAUGAUGUUUUUUUGUGAUUACAGUUUGAUAUGUAUCCCCAAGUGUUACCAUGUGAAGUCACGGUGUAUAAUAUAUGUCACAUGAAUUAACUGCUAAUACAAUGAUGCUUCCCUGCCUGGU